GCCUGAAGAGACAUAAGCGAAUAGAUCCUGUGAAGAACCUGGAAAGCAGGAUGUGUAAGAAGCAUGAUAGACCUCUGGAGUUGUUCUGUAAAGCUGACCAGAUAUGUGUGUGUCAGUUCUGCACUGAGUCAGGUCACAAGAGACAUCAUAUUGUUUCUUUGAAAGAUGAAUAUGAAGAAAAGAAAGCAAAACUUAGGAUGACAGAGGCUAAAAUUCAGCAGAUGAUUCACGAGAGACAAUUAAAGAUUCAGGAGCUCAAACACUCAGAGGAGCUCAGCGAGAAAGAUACCGAUAGAGAGCUAGCAGACAGUGUGCAGGUUUUUUCUAAUAUUACACAGUUUGUCGAAGAAAGUCUGGCUCAGCUCAUUGACUUGUUUGAACGGAAGAGGAAAACAACGGAGAAGCGGGCUGAAGGCUUCAUCAAAGAGGUAGAAAUGGAGAUCUCUGAGCUGAUGAAGAGAAGCUCUGAGCUGGUGCAACUCUCGAGCACAGAGGACCACCUCUACUUCCUCCAAAGCUUCCCAUCUUUGAACACUGUUCCUCCCACCAAGGACUGGACAGAGGUCAGAGUUCACUCAUCAUAUGAGGGGACUUUGAGGAGAGCUGUGGCUCAGCUGGAGGAGACACUCAGUAAAGAGAUGAAGAAACUGUUUGAGGCCGAGCUGAAGAGGGUCCAGCAGUAUGCAGUGAAUGUGACUCUCAAUCCAGAAACAGCUUAUCCUAAACUCAUUUUGUCUGGCGAUGGGAAACGAGUAACUCAUGGUGAUGUAAGACAGAAUCUUCCAGACAACGCAAAGAGAUUUACCUCGUGUUGUGGUGUGUUAGGAAAUCAAAGUUUCUCUUCAGAAAGAUUUUACUAUGAGGUUCAGGUUAAAGGGAAGACUGACUGGACUUUAGGAGUGGCCAGAGAGUCGAUCAACAGGAAGGGAGAAAUUAAAGUUUGCCCCAGAAAUGGAUACUGGACUGUGUGGUUGAGAAAUGGAAAUGUAUAUCAUGCUAACACCAGCCCUCCUGUCUGUCUCUCACUGAAGUCUAAACCUCAGAAGGUGGGAGUGUUUGUGGAUUAUGAGGAAGGUCUGGUCUCUUUUUAUGAUGUGGAUGCUGCAGAUCUUAUCUUCUCCUUUACUGGCUGUAAAUUCACAGAGAAACUCUAUCCAUACUUCAGUCCAUGUGUUAAUGAUGGUGGAAGAAACUCUGCCCCUCUGAUAAUCUCUCCUGCCCAUAACACGUAUUUGACUAAUGAAUUGAUUUUCUAAAGAACUUACUUGAAUGCUGUAAAUGUAAUAUUCUAUUUCUGUCAAUAGAUCCUGCUUAACGUUAGACACUGGACCCUUUGAAUAACCCUUUAAAUAAAUCAAAAGAAGCAGACACGCAGUUGUGUUGACACAGUGUCUCAGGAACGUAUAAAGCAGGUGUGCAACAACAUAUUUCUUCAGCAGCCCUGUUCUAGAAUUCAAGGUAGCAUCUUUGAACAUUAGCAGGAAUUGUUACCAUGUUAGCAACAGGACAUGUAGUUUAGAAUUAGCUUGAUAGCAUUAUAUUUUGGGAUUUGGUUGCUAUCCAGUAAUUAAUUCAAGUCAAGUUCAAUCAAUUCUACUCUGAUAACUGCAAUUAUUUUUUACAGAAUAAAUAUAUAAUCAAGAACGAGAAACACUCGUGGCAACGACUCUGUGAUAAAUUAAAAUGUUUUUUAUUACUGUAUCAGUAUUGUUCAUAUAUAUAAUUGGAGUGUUGUCUAGUGUCUAUUAAAUGUUGGAUGGACACAUUUUCUAAAGAGCCUUUUAUGAAUAGGACAGAAUUUUGCAUUGUUUUUACAUUGAAAGAAUGUCAUGUAAUAAAAGUGAAAA